UAUAUGACAAUUCAAUCACUGCAAGCUAUUACAAACACUUUGCUUAUUAGUCUUCUAAUUAAUUAUUACAAGCAUUUUAGUCAACAACUUUAACUAUGAAUGAACCUCUAAGUCAAGAUGAUAUAAUCGCUAUGGAGCUUCAACUCAAAAAAAGCGUGGAGCAGGAUCGACGGCAUUGGAGAGUCAAUGAUGUUAAAUGUGAUGCCAUUCAUACUGCUAAAACAUAUGAGGAGUUUGCUGAUCGAGUCGCAGCUGCUCACUUACGUCCACUGGACAAGAAGGAUUUCAAUAAGAAAGCGAAAAACUGUUGGAAUCAAUACGCCGCUAAAGAUAAAGAAACGCAGGAGUAAUUGUAAUAAUAAAAAUAAAAUCUAAAUUAUAAUUGACGAAAAAUAAAUAAAUGUUAAAUUAGACAUA